AUGGAGGAAGAGCGUCUCUGGAAGUUCCGCAAGCCUGAGUGGCUCAACAGCGCCUGGUCGCGCAACGCGGGCGUCUACGCCGCGGGCGGUCUCUUCUCCCUCGCCUUCUACGUCAUGCUCGACAGCGCCGUGUGGUCCAAGACGAUCAACGGCUCGGACACGCACGUCACCUUUGUCGACUGGCUGCCGCUCCUCUUCAGCAGCCUGGGCAUGCUCAUCAUCAACAGCGUCGAGAAGACGCGGCUGUCGGCCGACAGCUUCAGCUACUCGGGCAACGGCGUCGCGUGGAAGGCGCGCGUCGUGCUCUUCCUCGGCUUCGCGGCCCUCGCCGGCGGCAUGGCCGGCGGCGUCACCGUCUUUGUGCUCAAGUUUGUCGUCCGCGGCGUGGCCAUGCCGGCGCUGAGCAUGGGCGUCGAGAACGUUGUUGCCAAUGCGCUCGUCAUGCUGAGCAGCAUCGUGCUCUGGGUGAGCCAGAACAUGGAGGAUGAGUACAGCUACAACCUGUCGCUGUAG